UUUAGGAUGAACUGCUACAGAAACUAGGGUAAAGCAAAAUCGCAAGUGAAAACACUGUUUUGUUGACUUGUGUCUUUGACAUAAAAAGUUAUUUUUUCUUUUGUACAAGGCUGAUAUUUCAACGAGCACAUUUUGGGAAGCCUCAAAAUGCAGAUUUUUGUGAAAACCCUCACGGGCAAGACCAUAACUCUCGAAGUGGAAGCUUCGGAUACCAUCGAAAAUGUGAAGGCUAAGAUUCAGGAUAAGGAAGGUAUCCCACCAGACCAGCAGCGACUGAUCUUUGCUGGAAAACAAUUGGAGGAUGGCCGCACCCUGUCUGACUAUAACAUUCAAAAGGAAUCUACCUUGCAUCUUGUCCUCAGACUUCGUGGAGGUACUAUUGAGCCAUCCCUUCGGAUCUUGGCCAUGAAAUACAACUGCGACAAGAUGAUCUGCCGCAAAUGCUAUGCACGUCUCCACCCUCGUGCCACCAACUGCCGCAAGACCAAGUGUGGACACACCAACAAUCUCCGCCCCAAGAAGAAGAUCAAGGAUUAAUUUCAUUUAUCCCGGGAAGCUCUAGCUUGAUUAAUGUUAUAAUUUAAAAUUAAACAAUAAAAAAUGUAAA